AUGGCCCCAGGUAAACAUUCAUAUCUCAUUGUUGGAGCGGGCGUCUUCGGAGUGUCGACGGCAUUUCACAUCAUCAAAACUUAUCCCGAUGCAAAUGUAACCAUUGUCGAUCGAGAUGCUUUCGAUGCGGAAAGUCGGGUGGCUGCCUCAUGGGAUUGGAAUAAAGUGGUUCGUGCAGACUACGAUGAUAUAGUGUACUGCAGACUCGGACUCGAAGCACAAGACAUCUUCCGCUCGGAUCCGCUUUGGAGGCCUUUCUUCCACGAAUCGGGAAUCUACUGGAUGUGCCGGAGCGACUACGCACAGGAUGUCUUGGACAACUUCAAGAAGCUGGGUCGCAAGGCAGACUUGGCUGCCGUUCCUAUUGAUGAGGCCCGGAAGCUGUAUGGCGGAAUCUUCAACGAUGCUGACUACGAUGGUGUCAAGGAGGUUUUGGUCAACAAGACCAGUGGGUGGGCAGCAGCAGGAGACUGUCUGAGAGCAGUGACUCGCGAAGCCAUCCGAUUGGGCGUCAAGUAUGUCACGGCCGAUGUUGAUACACUGCUCUUCGACUCCAGCAAUCGCUGUACGGGCCUCUUGACCAAAAGCGKAAAGACUCUAUCAGCAUCGCAUGUCGUGCUCAGUACUGGAGCCUUCACACCAAAGCUGCUAGAACAGAGUGCAGUGAAGAGUGGCCUGGAUGACCUUCGAUCGGGAGAUAGAAUUCUGGCCGCUGGCAUCACUACUGGCAUGACCAAGCUUAACGGGAAAUCGCUGAAUACAUACGCAUCGAUGCCAGUAGGUGUGCAAGGAUACACCGCACAAACAGGACCAUUCAUUGGCAGUUUACCACCCACACCAGAUGGAGAGCUGAAGUGGUGGGGACAGACCAUCUUCACAAACACCCAAGAGUUCUCUGGUGGUCGCAUGAUCUCCGCUCCCCCUGCAGAACCGGACUAUGCGCAAUGGAAAGUCCCAGCCAAGCUAAAGAAAGACAUUGAUCAUGCCAACCAAGUAUUUUACGGGAAGAAUGGCAAGGACUGGAAGAUGGAGAAGUAUCGUAUUUGUUGGGAUGCCUUCACCACAAGUGCUGAUUUCAUAAUCUCCCCUCAUUCUGCUAGCAAAGGCUUGUAUAUCGCCACAUGUGGCAACUUCCACGGUUGGAAGUUCUUCCCGGUGCUUGGAAAGUACAUCUUACAGAUGUUAGAGGGAUCUUUGGAGCCUGAGUUGGCGAACAAGUGGGCCUGGGAUCGUGAGCGACCCGAUGGCAGCUCAAACCCCGAUUGGCCAAGACACGAGAUGAAUGAUGUACUCUCACAGCCCAGGGCCCGACUAUAG